AUGGUUGCCUCUGCUGUCCGGAUGCGCACCCCGAGUGCCAUGUUCAUGGCCCGUGGCGCCGCUUCGAUGCGGCGGCCACAGGUCUCUUAUAAGUUCCAGGAGGUGAUGCAAUCCCAAUUGCCUGCGCUCUCCGCUAUCUCCCGCUUCUAUGCCUCCAAGACGACUGACAUUGUCGAUUCCGCAGCCUUCCCUCCGCACACAAUCAUCAGCAUGCCGGCCCUUUCGCCGACCAUGUCCGCGGGAAACAUCGGAGCAUGGCAAAAGAAGGCCGGUGACGGCCUCCAGCCCGGUGAUGUCCUCGUGGAGAUUGAAACCGAUAAGGCACAGAUGGACUUCGAGUUCCAAGAUGAGGGUGUCCUGGCCAAGGUUCUGAAGGAGACUGGCGAGAAGGACGUGGCCGUCGGUGCGCCCAUUGCCGUUCUUGUUGAGGAGGGCGCUGAUGUUACCGCAUUCGAGUCGUUCACCCUCGAGGAUGCCGGUGGUGCCCAGGCCGAGCCGGCUGCGCCAAAGGAGAGCUCUGAGGCCAAGGGCGCGGAGCCGGCGGCCCCAGCCCCGGCUCCCGAACCUGCUGCGCAGGAGCCCGAAACCUCGGGUGAGAAGUUGCAGCCCAGUCUUGAUCGCGAGCCCUCGAUCAGCCCGGCGGCCAAGGUGAUCGCCCUGGAGAAAGGUGUGCCGAUCAAGGCCCUCAAGGGUACUGGUCGCGGUGGCCAGAUAACCAAGGAGGAUGUCGAGAAGUUCACUGCCAGCGGCGCUGCUGCUGCCGGCCCUACCUACGAGGACAUUCCUCUGUCCUCGAUGCGCAAGACCAUUGCCAGCCGCCUGCAGCAGUCCAUGCGCGAGAACCCCCACUACUUCGUGUCGACUACCCUGUCUGUCACUAAGCUUCUAAAGCUGCGCCAGGCCCUGAACGCCUCGUCCGAGGGCAAGUACAAGCUCUCGGUGAACGACUUCCUGGUCAAGGCCUGUGCCGUCGCCCUCAUGAAGGUGCCGCAGGUCAACUCCAGCUGGCGCGAGGUGAACGGCAACGUGGUGAUCCGCCAGCACAACACCGUGGAUAUCAGCGUUGCGGUCUCCACCCCGGCUGGUCUGAUUACUCCCGUCGUGAAGAACGUGCAGGGACUGGGUCUGUCCAGCAUCUCCAGCCAGGUCCGCGACCUGGGCAAGCGUGCCCGUGACAACAAGCUCAAGCCCGAGGAGUACCAGGGCGGUACCUUCACCAUCAGCAACAUGGGCAUGAACCCGGCCAUCGAGCGGUUCACCGCCGUGAUCAACCCUCCUCAGGCGGGCAUCCUGGCGGUCGGCACGACCCGCAAGGUCGCCGUGCCUGUGGAGACGGAGGAGGGCACCGUGACUGAGUGGGACGACCAGAUCGUGGUGACGGGUAGCUUCGACCACAAGGUGGUGGAUGGCGCCGUCGGCGGCGAGUGGAUCAAGGAGUUGAAGAAGGUGGUCGAGAACCCGCUGGAGCUGCUGCUGUAG